AGUGUUUGCUGAUGAUGUUCGCCGCCACAAUAACAAACAGCUGACCACUAACGCCUGGCAGUAAACACAAAUGUCACAAAGAUAUUCAUUGUCUCCCUGAUGUUCAGUAUUCAUCAUGUUACCGUGUGUAUAAAGAAGAUUGAUUUGUCAAGAUGAACAGUUUAUUGGAGAAGGUCAAAGAACUUGACCAUCAGGAUCAACAGAAGCUAGUGACGGCUCUCGUAACUACACUCCCACCUGAGGGCCAACAAGCUCUUUUACUUCCCACCGUAACUGCUGCCUCCAGUUAUGUUAAAUGGCGUUUGGUGUCUUUUAUCUCUGGCCAAGACACCCCAGACUUGCUGACGCUGCUUCCUCCAGAGUUACAGAUUGCUGUACUACAGUUUGUGGAUGGACCCAGCCUCUUGAAUGCAACUCAGGUCUCAAGAGAAUGGAAUGGGAUUAUCAAGAACCACAACCAUAUAUGGGUCAAGAAAUGCAAAGAACUCGGAGUAAACAUUGAGAAAGUUCACUGUGGCGCUAAUUGGCAUCAAGCGUAUGUAUCAUCAUUACGGCAACAACUCUCACUUAAAAAUGGCACAGCCUUUAGUGAGCGCUUCAUGCAGCUUCAGAACUGUAAGAAGGCUGUAAAGGCUGUGGAUUAUCAGAAUGGAUUCCUUUGUACAGUAUCAGAAGAGGAUUAUGUAAACAUCUGGCAACUAGAACUCAACAUCCCAGUGCUGGCCUUCCCAGUAGAGCGUGCUGUCUCAUGCAUCAAAUUCAGACCAAAUUCUCUCCUUAUCUGUGGCCAUUUUGUUGGGAUCCUCACUGCCUGGGACCUCAGCAAGAUGAGCGAAGUCUCGUGUGUAAUAGAUAAUUCUUUGGGUAACAGUCCUGGCCAGUAUUUCCUUCUGUGGAGCAAGUUUAAGAUGCACGCUGGUCCUGUUUUCAGCAGUGACUUUUCAGAAGAGUUGGACCUGUUAGUCAGUGGUGGAGCUGAUGAGUGCAUAAAACUGUGGUGCUUGUCGACUGGUCUAGUUAUCAAGUCAUUACCCAAUCAAGAUCAUUGGGUUUUGCGUGUUAUUUUAUUGCCAGACCUUUCUUGCAGUUUCUAUCAUGAGAUUAUUUGUAUGACUAGAGAUAAUGUCAAUAAGAUAAGCUGGCCUGCCAGUAGUAACAAAAAUUCAGAUGAUAAAUUAAACACCACUGAAAAUAUAACAAAUGAUAACUCUGAACUCAAUUCCGUCUGUUUAAUGGAUAAAAUUGGUAACAUUGAUGAAAUUUUGUUAAAAUCAUGCAUACGUCUCAAUGAGGGAAACAAUAAUUUCUUUACCCCAGGUCUUCAGUAUAGUACGAAGUAUGUGGGAUUGAUUAAACAAGAUAUUGAUGAAAAACAUGCAAAUUUAUGUGUGUAUGAGAUAGAAACAUUUAAGCUGUUGUAUAAUAUAAUAUUGAAAUUCAAAGUGAAAAAACUACUUGCUCUUGGCAACAGAUAUGCUCUUCUCUUGACAAUUGGCAGUGUUCUCUACUCAUCAACUCUGGUGGUUGUGGAUGUUGUCACAGGAGAAACAGCAGGCACACAUGCAGUCCCACACUCCAAAAUGACAACACCAGAUGGAGCUCAGCUGGUGGUGGGUGACAUUGAUUGGCUUAAUGGUCUUGGAGGACACCUGCUAGAUUUAUCAGAGCCACCAUUAACUACUGAAUUUAAUAACGACCAGAGUAAUGAAGUUAAAAGUACUAAAAGUUGUUGCAGUGAUGCCGAAAGACAACAAAACUUGAACAAAGUGAGCAGUGUAGUGUCCAGUGAAGAUAGUCAUAAAAUAUUCCAACAGAACAGGAGUCCAGAGUGUGGCACACAGCAAUUCUCCCCUUGCCAGCCAGCUGAAUUAUGUGAGUGUAGGGAUGCUGAAGAGGAGGUUUCACCCAUUGGUGCUGUAGGAGGUGAGCUACCUGUAUGUAUGAUGGGAAACUCAGACACAAACCUUCAUUAUUCCAACAACAACAGUCCUGCUACUAUCUCGUCUGAGGAUGUGCCACUCCAGGCCGCCAGUCUUCAGUAUCAUGGCAGUAACAUGAACUGUACAAAAGAUACACAGUUGUCAGUAAGACUGGAGAGGCCUGGCCAUUUGGUGUUAGCUGCAGGAGUCCAGAGUGAGCCUGGCAGGUUGUUCACCCUCUGGUGGUCUAAUUCUAAACAAACUUUAAAAUGUAAAAAGGAGUAAUAGUGAAUGCAAAGGAAAGCAUUUAUCUUAAUUACCAGGCAUAUAAUUUAUCAAUAAUUUCAUGAAAUCUGAUGCCUUUGUCCUGUACUGUAUACUCAAAGACUUCAAACAUUUUGGGAUACAGUGUACAAAUUUGACAACAGUAAAUCCCCCACUAUACCAUGGCCAUGAGACUCUCUUGCAGCAAACUAAUAUAAGAAACCUAUUUUUAUAUCAUAGCAGGGUUCUGAAAUUAACAGAGACCAUGGCAGGUUAGUGUUGUCACUUACCAAACUAUGGACUUUUUGUACUGUUGCCACUUUCAACCAUAGUUAGUUGUGGAUGAUAUGGCAUUUAUUUAAAGCUCCCAUCUCAGUGUUUUCUUACAUGUAGGGUCUAGUUUUCUGAUGCCAUGUACCCCAUAUUAAAUUUUAAUUUGAAACAAAAUGAUUGUAGAAAAUAUAUUGAACCAAAUACAUUGCCUCCUAAUGCAAGCAUAAGCUGAAAUAAUGUUGUUCUUGUUCUUAAAAUAUUACAUAUCACAAUAAAUCUAGUCUAUAAUACUUUCCCAUGCAAUAAGUUUUGCCAGUUCCCCACAUAUUGUACAACAUUUAAAAUUUACCAAAAAUUUGUUAGUAUGAUCAGAUAUGUUAAUAGAGUAAACCCUCAUUUGUACACAAGGUUGCAUUUAGUCAUACAUUUGUGGGCAUCCCUCUUAAGUUACCAAUAGGUUACAAUCCUGAAAAGUUUUCCAGAACUCAAAGCUUGGUUCCUAAUGGCUUCCUAUGGACAAAAAUUUUCCCCUUGAUGCAAACUAAAAUAAAUUAGGACUCAUUUUAAGUACUGUACAGUACAUAUAUACAGGUAGUCCCCGACUUACGACUGCCUCAGUCGUACCAAAAUGUGGUCAAAUUAUGUAUUUUUGAGUCCCAAAGUCAGUACACAGACCCAAAUUUUCAUCUGUAAUUCACUUUAAAAUGGCUGGCAAGCUUAAAAGUGAGUGUUUUGUGGUGCUGAGAAGAAAAAGAGACCCAAAUUUUAAAUUUUCUAUGUGUUAUUUAAGUAUUUCCGAUUUACGACCAUUUCAACUUACAACCUGGAUGUUGGUCCCUAACCCUGUCGUAAGUCAGGGAGUACCUGUACUGUAUAACUGAGAAAAAAUUAGAUUCCAGAUACUAGUAACACAUUACAGUACAGUAAUGUCCUAUUGAAUGAGUAACUGAUGAACAAGAAUUUAGUAUGAGUUUAAUAUUUUAGGGUGUGAAAAUUUAAUGAACAUACUUCUUUUUUUUUCAUUUAACGAGCAAAAUCACAAGGGAACCCAGCUCGGAUUAUCAUUUGUGGAGUGAGGUUAGUCAUGCUUUGUUGAUUCAUGAGUGGCCAGCCAGAUAAGUGCACUUGCAGACAUAUUCUUUAUACUCGUGAGGUGAAGUCAGUGGUUGGCUGACCCAGCCUGGCUAUCCCAUGAGCCUAUAGAACUUGGCCGUGUUAUUUUAUCACCGUGUUCUCUACAGCUUUAACGAACAAUGCUAGGCCAACAUAGCAGCAUUUAUUUUCAACUCUGGUAAGUACAGUACAAUACUACAGAUAUACUGUAUACUAAAACAAUGUUUAAUCUUAUUCGGUUUGGCUUUAGUGUUGAAAUUCUUUGGACAUCCAAGUUUAGACAGUACCAUGGGACUUUGGGUCAAAUAUGGGAUCCUAUGGGAAAACAGAUCCUGUUGACUGAAUAUUCACCUAAUGAGCACUUUUUCAACAAUAUAUGUUGCUUGUUAAGCGCUACUUUCCUGUACUUCUAUUUUUUAGUGAGAAUAUUAAAGAGAAACAAGAG